GAGUUAGCAUUAGCAUUCGCACAGUGUGCGCGAAGCAAGCAACCGGAGUGUAAUGGCGGCCUCGGUGUUGUUGGGCUCUGCGGACAACACCGGAAUCAGCUUCACGGGCGGCGGCGGCGGUACCGACGCGGGGAACAACGUCCUCGUCGCUGGUAACAACGGCCUGGGGGCGUCGGCGGCGGGCCCGGUGCCGUGGAACCGCUCUCUGGACCGGGCUCUUGACGAAGCCUCGGCCACCGGGUGUCUGAACCUCAGCGGCAGGAAGCUCAAGGAGUUCCCCCGCGGCGCCGCCAACCACGACCUGACCGACACCACCCGGACCGACUUAUCUCGGAACCGCCUGUCCGAUCUUCCGGUGGAGGUGUGUCUCCUGGUGUCGCUGGAAAGUUUGAACGUCUACCAGAAUUGUUUGAGGUCUCUACCCGAUCACAUGAUCAACCUGCAGGCCCUUACCUACCUGAACCUCAGCCGCAACCAGCUGUCUGCGCUGCCGGUGGUGCUGUGCGGUCUCCCGCUGAAGGUUCUGAUCGCGUGCAACAACAAGCUGGGGGCUCUGCCUCAGGAAGUGGGUCAGCUGAGGCACCUGACGGAGCUGGAUGUCAGCUGCAACGAGAUCAGGACGCUGCCUUCUCAGAUCGGCCAGCUGGAGGCGCUAAGAGACCUGAACAUCAGGCGGAACCACCUGGUUGCCCUUCCUACAGAGCUGGCCGAGUUGCCUCUGGUGCGUCUGGACUUCUCGUGCAACAAGGUGACGUCCAUCCCGCUGUGCUACACGCGCCUGUCGCAGCUGCACACCAUGGUGCUGGACAACAACCCGCUGCACACACCGCCCGCUCAGAUUUGCAUAAAGGGCAAAGUUCACAUCUUCAAGUUCCUCAACAUGGAGGCCACUAAGAUGACCCCUGACCUCCCAGAAUAUGACAGACAACCUUUAAACUUCGGCUCCUGGUCUGAACUCAUCACGUAUCCACGCACGCUCUGUCAUCAGUCGCUCACAUACGACGACUUUCUUUGGGCGCUGCAAAAGGAGUCUCAUUUGCUGCUGCGUGUACGUGUGUGUGCGUGCGCGUGCGUGUGUGUUAGCGUUGAUGAGCUGUAUCCCGGUCGGCCAUACGGAGCGUUGGAUUCAGGCUUCAACAGUGUGGACAGCGGCGACAAAAGAUGGUCAGGAAAUGAGGAGUCGUCUGAGGUUCCUGCUCGCUUGCCGGACGUCCACAAAGAGUGGAAGCGUGCGGGGGCGGGGCCCCCCCUGCUGGCCAACGGGACACACGAGCUGGAGCAGAUCGACUUCAUCGACGGCGUUGGCGAGGAGGAAGAGGAAGAGAGGAAGAGAGUGGGAGGAGGAGGAGCGGGAGACCGGGCCAGCCUCAGCUCGCAGUUCAUGGCCUACAUCGAGAGACGCAUCAGCAACACGUUUUUGUCGUUUUUUGUUUGUUUGUUUGUUCAGGUUUCUCCGGGUAAAGCCAGUGUAUCCAGAACAGACGACUCCAGACAGAGACAGAGCAGGAGCGUUUCGAACGGUGCCACAGCGCCACCUAGCAGCCAGAUUCAGCGAGGCGUGGAGCGGGUGAGACGAGAGGCUCAGCUGGCCGCCCUCAGGUACGACGAGGAGAGACACAAGACACGCCCCCUGCAGGGAGACGCCAAGAAGAUCUACCCCUUCAGACGCUCUACCCACACAGAUGACUCCGCCCUCUUCAUGCAGGGCGAAGAGCGAGGCGGCCCUUCGCAGAGCGCCAAUCCCUGCCACCCUGACCCGGCGGACGCCGCGUCCUAUCGUGGCACCGGCGUGCGCCCGGAGAGCUUCCUGUAUCGCCUCGGUCAGCGGGAAGAAAAGAGGAGAGGGGACGCCGUCGCCCCUCGGCAGACGCUUGACGAGGCACCGGCCGCGGCCACCGAGAUGGGACACGACGCGCAGCUGGCGGAGCGGCUCAGGAAGGACAUCGAGGCCCGGCUGAAGGUUUCGUUGCCUAGUGACCUACGCGCGGCGCUCACUGACGGUGUGGUCUUGUGUCACCUGGCCAAUCACGUGCGCCCGAGAUCGGUACCCAGCAUACAUGUCCCAUCCCCCGCCGUGCCUAAACUGACCAUGGCCAAAUGUCGGAGGAACGUGGAGAACUUCCUGGAGGCGUGUCGCAGGAUGGGCGUGUCUCAGAGCGACUUGUGUCUCCCUCUUCACAUCCUGGAGGAACAAGGGCUCCCCCAGGUGGCCGCCACCAUCAGCGCGCUGCUCCGCUUGGCCCCGCCCAGACACGGUGUCACCACGACGACCACCACGACCUCGUCCGGAGCGUCGUCCGGCGUGUAAUCGCCGUGCAGCCGCAUAAGCACGUGAAGAUCCGCCAUCUUUAGACACGCCCGUUAACAUUAGCAUCUCACAACAUCAACACACCGGCAACGUUGCAGAAGUUUUUGUACAUAUAUUUUUCUUUAUUUAGGCGGCACGGUGUGCGACUGGUUAGAGCGUCUGCCUCACAGUUCUGAGGACCGGGGUUCAAUCCCCGGCCCCGCCUGUGUGGAGUUUGCAUGUUCUCCCCGUGCCUGCGUGGGGCACUCCGGUUUCCUCCCACAUUCCAAAAACAUGCAUGGUAGGUUAAUUGACAACUCUAAAUUGCCCGUAGGUGUGAAUGUGAGUGCGACUGGUUGUUUGUUUGUAUGUGCCCUGCGAUUGGCUGGCAACCAGUUUAGGGUGUACCCCGCCUCCUGCCCGAUGACAGCUGGGAUAGGCUCCAGCACGCCCGCGACCCUAGUGAAGAGAAGUGGCUCAGAAAAUGGAUGGAUGGAUAUUUUUUAUUUAACUUAACACUUGUGUACGGGAGAUCACAUAAGCAACAACAUGACAUCAUGACGGAUAUGAUGUCACAUGACGUUCACAAUAAGCUACGCUCAUUUGUAUUUAUUUUACCUGCUAACAGCGCUAACACUAAUGAUGGUAAAUGUUGGAUAUUUGCUGAUGUUUAUUAGCAAUUAGUGUGGGCGAAAAAAAACAAUUAGCAAAGAAUAGUCAAGUUUUGGUGUUGACAGAUGUAUUGAUUGAUAUAUUUGAGAUCAUCUGUAUGAUGAAUGGGCGGCACGGUGACCGACUGGUUAGCACAUCUGCCUCAACAGUUCUGAGGAUCUCGCCUAUGUGGAGUUUGCAUGCUCUCCCCAUGCCUGCGUGGGUUUUCUCUGAGUACUGUGGUUUCUUCCAACAUCCCAAAAACAGGCUGGGUUGGUUAAUUGAUUCCUCUAAAUUGCCGGUAGGUGUGAAUGUGAGUGCGAAUGGAUGGUUGUUUCUAUGUGCCCUGCGAUUGGCCGGCGACCACUUCAGGGUGUAUCCCACCUCUUGCGCAAAGAUAGCUAGAAUAGGCUCCAGCACGCCCGUGAGAAGCGGUAUGGAAGAUGGAUGGAUGUACGAUAAUAUCAAUAUCAAACCGUUAGCCUCAGGUAAUGCAGCUAAUGUGAUAUCCCCAACUAACCAGACAAAAACCGUUGAAAUGUAUUUUAACUUUGAACUGAUUGUUAAUGUACCAACGUGGCGAAGUGAGGGCCCUAACACAUGCUAUGCUAAAGAUGCGGAUCUGUCGCGUUGUUGUGUGUCGCCAUCACAUGUUUUUGUCUCUUGAUUUUGCACCUUUUUUGUUUUUUUCAUCUUGUUCACUUUGAAUGUUCCCCAAGAUCACAGGUUACGUGAUCCCGCGCCUCCUUGGCGAUCAGGUGAUUGACAUGUCGGGCCUCCUGUUGCAUUCUGGGACGUUUGGUUAAUGAGGCUGCGCAACCUGUUUGUGUACAAAUAUAUUGUGUAAAUAGAAAGUGUGUGUAGUAAUGUAUAUAAAGAUAUGGAGAGUGCGGUGUUGCCAAGAUGACACGGAACCUUUCUGCCUACACGUGACGCAAACUAUUCAUGUCAUUCUCACACGUGUUACAAAGUAACGUGUGUGAGAAGAGUUGGUUACCAAGAAAAUGGUCAGACUUCAAAGAAAAUUCCCCUAUUUCACUUUCGGCGUAUCUAUGUAUUUGACUCAUUUUCGCUUUGCCUGUAAAAAAACAACACGGCUGUCUGUCAAAUAAAUAUUAGGAUUGGAA